AUGGAAGAUAUAGAUAUUCAUACUAAACAAAAUAAUAUAAAUCAGAAUUUACAAGAUAUUUUAUCAAAAAUAUUUGUAAAUGCUGCAUUAGAAUGCUAUGAUGAAAUGGAAAAAGCUUAUUAUUUGGCAAAUUUUCUUCCUGUAUAUUUUAAUUGUAGUUCAUUAGAAUAUAUAAUGCCUAUACCUAAAGAUCAAUAUCCUUACUGUGAAUUAUGUACUGCUGAUUUUAAUGUAAAAAUUAAAUUAGGAAAAGGGUUAAAGUUUUCAUCAAAUAUAGUGAAAGAAAAGGCAAAAAAGUAA